AUGGCGUCUUCUUCGGCUCCCGAUCUGUCAAUAAUACCUGCCCUGGGCGGGACCAUUCCUCCCCAAUCGAGCGCGAGUGACGAAACGAAGAAGCAAAUCCAAGGCGACGACGAAAGGAAAAGAAGCCACGAGUCUUUGAAGGAAAUCUUGAAUGAAGAUGAAGUCGACGUUGAGCAAGCCGAACGCACCUUUGCUGAGCUUCGUCGCCAGCUGACUGAGGCUUCGUCGUUACAUUUGGCCCAAGAGGGAAAGACAGACGCUGAAAAGCAAGAUCCGGAUGCCACCUUUGAUCUUUUAGCAUACUUGGCAAUACUUACUCUUUUUUUCUCCCCCUUGUACUAUGAACAGCGCGGCAAUGCCCAGUCGAGAGAUGAGAAUGGCAUGCGUCCCAAACACCUGGGUGUUAUCUACGAAAAUCUAAGCGUGGUUGGUAAUGGUGGUAUAAAGCUACCGAUCAUCACCUUCUUCGAUGCCCUAAGAAAUUUAAUCUUGGCCCCAGCGAUGCCCGUCAUCCGGCGCAUGCUCAUGCCCCCUCCAAAGACAAUCCUCCACCCGAUGAGUGGAUGCGUCAAGUCCGGCGAGAUGUGCAUGGUCCUCGGCCGUCCUAAUAGUGGUUGCACGACCUUCUUGAAAGUGAUCGCCAAUCAACGAGUCGGCUUCAAAAGUGUCGAUGGGAAUGUAACCUACGGCGGCAUUCCUGCCGAUGUCAUGACUAAACGGUAUAAGGGGGAAGUGGUGUACAAUCCUGAGGACGACAUUCAUCAUCCCACGUUGACGGUUUACCAAACUUUGAAGUUUGCCCUGCGAACCAAAACCCCCGGCAAACUCCUUCCAUCGGUGACCCGAGCGCAGUUUGCUGACCAAGUUCUGGAUGUUCUCUUGAAAAUGUUGGGCAUCAGCCACACCAAAAAUACUUUGGUUGGUGAUGCGCACGUCCGAGGUGUCUCUGGUGGUGAGAGGAAACGAGUAUCGAUUGCAGAGAUGAUGGCGACGCGUGCUUGUGUUCUCUCCUGGGAUAACUCGACUCGAGGUCUCGAUGCCUCGACUGCCCUCUCAUAUGCCAAAUCUCUACGCAUUAUGACCAACAUUUUCCAAACCACCAUGUUUGUGACCCUAUACCAAGCGGGCGAAGGAAUCUACGAUCAAUUCGACAAAAUAUUGUUACUCAACGAAGGUCGUUGUGUUUACUUUGGUCCGACCAAAGGAGCACGCGACUACAUGGUCUCACUGGGCUACAAGAACUUGCCUCGCCAGACCACGGCUGAUUAUCUGACCGGAUGUACGGACGAAAACGAACGGCAGUUUCAGGAUGACAUCGAUGUGACUCGGGUGCCCAAAACGCCCGAGGAGAUGGAGCAGGCGUACCUCAACAGCAGCACGUACCAAACAAUGGAGCAAGAGCGCAUCGAUUAUAACAAAUUUCUAAUCCAAGAGCAGCGAUUUCAGCGCGACUUCAUGGAGGCCGUCAAGGUUGACCAGGGCAAGGGAGUCAACCCAAAGUCCCCAUACACGGUUUCAAUUUUUGCUCAACUCAGGGCACUCAUUAUCCGCUCCAUGCAACUUACCUGGCAAGACCGACAAUCAUUAGUCUUCGACAUGGCAACUGUCAUUGUCCUCGGCAUUGUGCAAGGGACGGUCUUCUUGAAUUUACCCACAACUACGGCCGGAAUCUUUACGCGUGGAGGAACGAUCUUUUUGGGACUUUUAAUGAAUGUCUUUCUUGCGUUCACCGAACUACCCAAGCAAAUGCUCGGAAGACCGAUUAUGUGGAGGCAAACAUCUUUCUGCUUUUAUCGCCCGGGAGCGCUUGCAAUGGCUGGUGCGAUCGCGGAAAUUCCGUUUACCUUCCCGAAAGUUUUCGUUUUCUCGUUGAUAACCUACUUGAUGCCGCACCUUGUGCGAGACGCCGGUGCAUUCUUCACAUACGUGAUUGUUGUGUACAUGGGUUACUACUGCAUGGGCGCCUUUUACAGGUUCCUCGGUGCCAUCUCUUUUGAUUUUGACACAGCAUCACGUCUGGCGGCAACGAUGACGAUUCUCAUUUCGACCUACUCGGGUUACAUGAUAAGCAAAAGUAACAUGCCAAACUGGUUGCGAUGGAUCUAUCACAUCAAUCCGGCAAAUUAUGCCUUCGCGGCCCUGAUGGCCAAUGAAUUUGGGCGGGUCGAUUUCACUUGCUCUGGAGCGUCCAUCGUGCCCCGCGGAGAUGGCUAUCCAAGUGUUUUGGGCUCCAAUCAAGUUUGUACGGUGAUCGGAGCGCGCCCUGGAUCAGAAAUCGUCCGAGGCGUGGAUUAUAUGGAAGCUGCUCUUGGAUUUCAUUACGGGAAUAUCUGGAGAGACUUUGCGAUCGUCUGCGCAUUCUGUGUACUAUUCUUGGCCAUGGUUUUCAUAGCGGUCGAGAACCUCGCGCUUGGCUCCGGGGCUCCGUCUGUGAAUGUGUUUGCCAAAGAGAAUGCGGAGCGCAAGGCGCUCAACGAGAAACUGCAAGCCGAGAAAGCCGAAUCCAGGUCGGGCAAGAAAACGCUGAAAGUCUCUGGUGGCAGUGAAAAGCGUCUACCCUUUACCUGGGAGGCGCUCUCAUACGACGUGCCGGUACCUGGAGGUCAACGGCGCUUGUUGAACGAUAUCUAUGGCUAUGUUAAGCCUGGUACACUCACGGCUCUUAUGGGCUCUUCGGGAGCCGGAAAAACAACACUUUUGGAUGUCUUGGCCAAUCGAAAAACAAUUGGUGUCGUAUCUGGAGACAUAUGCAUCGGUGGAAGAAAGCCUGGUGCGGCGUUUCAGCGUGGAACGGCUUAUUGCGAGCAACAAGACGUGCAUGAAUGGACGGCUACAGUUCGAGAGGCCAUGCGAUUCUCAGCUCACUUGCGCCAGCCAUACGAUGUCUCUGUCGACGAGAAGAAUGCUUACGUUGAGGAAGUGAUCCAGCUUCUCGAGCUGGAAGACCUAGCAGACGCGAUGAUUGGGUUCCCCGGAUUUGGCCUGGGAGUUGAGGCCCGCAAACGCCUGACGAUUGGCGUGGAGCUUGCAGCCCGUCCUGAGUUACUCUUGUUUCUUGAUGAGCCGACGUCUGGACUGGAUGGUCAAAGCGCCUAUAACAUUGUGAGGUUUUUGCGAAAGCUCGCCAGUGCCGGACAGGCCAUCUUGUGCACAAUUCAUCAGCCCAAUGCUCUGCUAUUCGAGAACUUUGACCGUUUACUGCUGUUGAAGAAAGGUGGUCGGUGCGUUUAUUUUGGCGACAUCGGCCAAGAUUCGAAGGUCAUUUGCUCGUACUUUGCACGCAACGGAGCGGUGUGUCCGGAUGAUGCCAAUCCCGCAGAAUUCAUGCUCGAAGCCAUCGGCGCUGGCAACUCCUCACCGAUGGGAGGCAGUAAGGAUUGGGCUGAUCGGUGGUUGGAGUCUCCCGAACACGAAGAGAACAAACAACAAAUCAUACGCUUCAAGGAGGAAGCCUUGAAAGUGAACCCGCACAACCAUGAUGAGGCUAAGGAACUGACAUACGCAACACCUUUCAGUUAUCAACUCAAGCUGGUUAUCAAUCGGACCAACUUGAGUUUCUUCCGCAAUGCCAAUUACGAAGUCACCCGUGUCUUCAACCAUCUCGCAGUGGCCCUGAUCACGGGGUUGACUUACCUGAACCUUCCUUCUACGGUGAUUGGAAUCCAAUACCGUAUUUUCGCGAUGUUUGAAUUGGUUGUGCUGCUUCCCUUGAUUAUGGCCCAAGUCGAACCAGUUUUCAUCUUUGCUCGCCAGAUUUAUAUAAGAGAAUCGUCGGCGAAGAUGUAUUCUCCAGUGGCUUUUGGAAUCUCUCAAACAAUCGCGGAGAUGCCAUAUUCACUGGCUUGCUCGGUUGGAUUCUUUUUGAUUUGGUACUUCUUGCCAAGUUUCCAACUCGAUAGUUCUCGUGCGGGCUAUGCGUUCUUGAUGGUCAUCGUUGUCGAGCUCUUUGCGGUAACAGGUGGACAAGCAGUUGCCGCGGUUUCCCCAAGUCUUUUUAUUGCCGUCAAAGCCAACCCGUUUUUUGUUGUGAUCUUUUCUCUGUUCUGUGGAGUGACUGUCCCGAAGCCGGAUAUUCCGAAAUUCUGGAGGAAAUGGAUGUACGACUUGAAUCCUCUUACUCGGGUCGUAUCAGGCUUGAUUGCCAAUGAGAUGCACGGAUUGGAAGUGACUUGUUCAGCAGAAGAAUAUGCCGUCUUCCAACCUCCGAGUGGACAGAGUUGUGUUCAGUGGGCAGGUGCAUUCAUCCAACGCUCAGGGGGGUAUCUGCUUGAUCCCAAUGCCACCUCAGGCUGCCAGUACUGCCAAUACCGUGUCGGUGAUGAAUUCAUGGCCGGCCUCGAGCUCGAUUUCGGGAAUCGGUACCGAGACUUGGGGAUCCUGAUCGGUUUCAUAUGCUCCAAUGUGAUCAUCAUCGCCCUAGGCUCUCAUUAUCUCACUCACAUCUACGCCAAGCGAUGA